GUACGCUUUUAUGGUUGCUGUAACUUUAUUAAGAACAUAGCUUAGGUCCGGUUGCGAUUGCAGUAAAAUUGGUUCAGUUGUCAAUACAGUAUAUAUAAAGUACAACCAGCGGUUCCUUUAUAAUGAUAUUCAUGCAUGAAAGGCUGAAAGGCGCAUAACGGCAUAAGGCUACCUACGAGGUCUUCUACAUGGCCCGCAUUUAACUCGAUUGCUCCUGCAUAACACGCCACGCUUUUCAUGGAGUCUAGUGGACGCAACUGUUCUGGCGUUUCAUUAGAUGAGCAGCGAGCGCAGUUCACUGGAGAUGUCCGCAGCGCCUUUUGCAUCCUGCGUGGGCGUGGAAUGGAUGCCAACCAAGCAGUUGCUCUGGCUCUUAAGGUUGCGGCUGGUGUAGCCGAGCUGCCCCCAACGCCCGAAGAGCUGGCUCGGCAGCUUCGACAAGACUCGAGUGCUCCCCUGGGUCAGCUCUGUUCCCAAGUUGCGCGCUUCUUCGCCAACGGAGACUGCCUGCAGGCAGCGUUCUGGCCGCGGGAGAUGGCAGCACCUGCUCCAGCACCCGGCACCUCUCCGCCCGCCUCCUCCUCGUCCCCAGCUGCAACCCAGGUGCCGUGCGAUGGCAGCAGUGCCCGCAGCAAUAGCACCAAUGCUUGCUGUACUUCCAACACCGCUGCGGCCUGCAGCAGCAGUACCAGCAGCUCCUCUGCAGCAGCAGCCCACGGUAAUCCUGCCAACUCAACCACCAUUAACACCACCGCCACAGCUAGCAACGGCCCCAGCACCGGCAGCAGUUGUAACAGUAGCAAGAGUAGUAGCAAAUCGGGGACCUGUUUCCAAGCGUGUCCGCUUGAUUUCAAGGCUAUUGCAGCGUUGUACGAUAGUGUUCUAGGCUGUUGUGGCAGCAGCGGUAACGGAGCCGAAGCAAGUGCAGGCAACGGCGGUGGUGACGGCACCGGUUGCACUGCAAGCGGUGCCGUACAAACCAGUACGGCCACCGCCACGGCAGCGGGCGCUAGCAAUGAAGACCUAGCCCCAUCCUCACCUCCGUCCUCUUCCUCCUCCGAUGUAAGCUACAGCGACACAAGCCAGGGCGCCAGCCCAAGCAACACUGCUGCUGUUGCUCCUAGCAAUGCAGCCGGCAGCGUUGCGGAGCUGUCGCCGCCGCAGCGACCCGCGGGUCACCUCAACGCGCUCAUUAGCGCUCUUUCUGCCGGCGUGGAGGGGCUGCUUGUGGGGCUGUCGAACCUGCCGUACAGCGUCAAUCCCGGGCUAGCCCGGCAGCUGGGGGUGCUGCUGGCGAAUCCGCUGCUGGACCGGGGGGAACACCACGACCUGCUGGGUGCGCUGGUGGGCUUCAUCGGCGCGCUGUCGGCCCCGCAGCGGCGCUCUCUGAGGGAGCUGUUCGCCACCUACCCGGCGGAGGAGCUGCGCAGGCUGCUGUCGCGGUUGCACAGCUUCAUCAGCCUCACCCUCUUCCGCAUGCAGUCCAUCACCCGGGGUGUCGAGGACGCCACGCGGCUUGUAGCCCUCAUCCACGAAGCCAACGAGGAGGCAGGCAAGCGGGCAGCAGCAGCGGCGGCGGAGGCCGCCGCUGCCGCCGGCACAGCACUGCUGGUCCCUCCCUCCUCCUCAACAGCAACCGCAGCUGCCUCCUCUUCUGAAGCCUUCUUGCUAGGGCUCCCUGCAAGUUACGGAGCGUACGGCAACGGUGGUUUCGGUUUUGGAGCCGCUGGACUUGGGUUUGGCGGCGGCAGCGGUGGCAGCAGUGCUUGUCGAGCCGGCGGGGCCGCGGGCUGGCGUCCGUUGGAGCCGGCUGCGUUUUACAACGACGCGAUCAACCACGAGGACUUUAACUUGAAGGAGGAUUUCCGCAAGUGGAAGCAUCCGCACAAGUACGACUUUUGCUUCUGCAAGUUCCCUUUCAUGUACGACCCGGGAUCCAAGGCGCGCAUCCUGCAGAUGGAAAACCAGAUGAGCCAGGUCAACGAGCUGCACUCCGCGCUCUUCCGCGGGCUGUUCGGCGGCGGCAGUCCGCUGUCGGGCCUUAUGCCCGACGUGUGUCCCUUCCUGGUGCUGCGUGUACGGCGGGGGCCGUACCUGGUGCAGGACACACUCAUUCAGAUCCACCGAGCCAAGGAAACCGACUCGCUGAAGAAACCCCUCAAGGUCAAGUUCAUAGGCGAGGAGGGAGUGGACGAGGGCGGGGUGGCCAAGGAGUUCUUCCAACUGCUUGUACGGCAGCUCUUCAACCCGGAUUACGGCAUGUUUACGGCAGACCCCACCUCCCACCUGCACUGGUUCCGGCCUUCACGACUGGAAAUGGAGCUUGAAUUUGAGCUGGUUGGCAUCCUCAUUGGCCUAGCCAUCUACAACAGCCACAUCCUGGAGUUCCAGUUCCCCUCCGUCCUCUACAAGAAGCUCAUGGGGGCUACGGUGGGCUCGGUGGGGGGUCCGGGUAGUGCAGCGGACACCGCGGGGGUGGCGGGACUGGCGGCGGCGGCGGCGGCUGGCGUCAGCAGCGGCGGUGGCGGCGCGGCGGGUGAGGGUGCUGACGAGGGCGCUGGAGCUGAGCCGCGGCAGGCGGCGGUGGCAGCAGCUAGGGUUGACGUGCCGAGGAGGGGCAGCAGCAACAGCGGCGAAGGCGACGGAGUCGCCAGUGUAUUUGGAGGCAUGGAAGGCAGUGGCGGUAGUUAUAAUGGUGCCGGCGGCGGAAUUGUACGACAGUUUGGUGAGGCGGGAAUUGGUGGUGGCGGUGGCGGCGAAGGCGACGGGAGCGGCGGCGCCGACGGCGGCGGAAGCAGCGGGCUAGUGCUGGGACUGGAGGACCUGCGUGAGCUGGCUCCCGAGGUGUCCUCCUCGAUGGCGCAGCUGCUGCUGAUGCCGCCCGACCUGGUGGAGCAGCUGGGGCUGGUGUUCCAGGUGGACAUGGAGAUGGGUUUCGGCGAGGUGGAGGCGGUGGAGCUGGUGCCGGGGGGCGGCGAGCUGCCCGUUACGGCAGCCAACCGCCGCCUCUACGUGGAUCUGUAUGUACGGCACCUGCUGCAGGACUCCAUCGCGCCCCAGUUCUCUCCCUUCCGCCGCGGCUUCCUGCGCCUGUGCUCCGGCUCCGCGCUGAGCUGGUUCUCCCCGGCGGAGCUGGAGCUGCUGGUGUGCGGCAGCCGGCAGCUGAGGCUGGAGGAGCUGGAGGGGGCCACGCAGUACGACGACGGAUACACGCGCGACUCGGAGCCCGUGCGGUGGUUCUGGGAGGUGGCACACGCGCUGCCGCCCGCCUCCCAGAAGCGGCUGCUGUUCUUCGUGACGGGGUCGGACAGGGUGCCCAUCAAGGGUCUGGCGCACCUGAACCCCCCCUUCGUCAUCUCCCGCCAGGCCAUCCGCAUGUCCCAACUUGCAGCGACGCCGGCAUGUCAAAGAAACACGUGGACGCCAUGCCAGACGUCGCACCGGCGUCGUUCUCCAACAACCGUUAUCAUGGUGGAUAUACUUCUCCUUUUCCAUUGCUGUUCCUUGUUCUGUGAGGAGCUUCUUUUGGCUCCUGUUGUACAGGCGCUGUGAAGUGGCGCACAUUGUUUGGUGAAUGUAGGGCGACUCCUGGCAUGGGCGUGCUGUGAUGCACCACCCCAUGCACCCAGGGAAGCAUGCAUGUGUGGGGAUUGAGCUUGCGGUGUACGGCAGCUCGUGUUAUGAGAAAUGACGGGUGGUCUCGUUUGUGGUGUUGUUUGCUUCCGAAACGUGUGCGAAACGAAAAGAGAACGUGCACCUAGCGUUGGCGUACGGUAUUCUAUUGCAGGCGGUAGAAGCUGUAUACGGGGUAUCCGGUACCGGGCAAGCACGCCUUUGUCGCUGUUUGAGCUACCUGCCAUGUGAGAGUUGUGGGAUGCGCCUUGUUUGUUCGUACGGUUCUGCUCCUUUUGGUGUUCUGCUCUGUACGGCAGGAUUAUGUUGAACUCCUACCAGAGGUAUCGUGUGAACCCAAUUGGAUCUCUUGCUUGCUGACUUGUUGUACGGUGAUGAUGGCUAGAGUACCCGACGAUUUGCUUUGUGUGCGGACUUGUGCGGAGGAGAAAGGCCGGGGACGGAGUACCGCAACCCCUGCAAGGCGGAAGGGGUGCGAACCGCUGCUGCAUGCGUACCGCUGCACGGAAUGGAAUCCCGCCUGAAUCCGGCGCGUUUAAAAGGGGCACGGGAGAGGGGUGCGGCUGAUGGGCGGAUGCAGCUGCAACCGGACCCACUCAGGACAAGAGAUCAGCGCCGUGGGUCGAGAGGUCGGGCGUCUGCGACCUAAGUGAGUCAAGGUAGCCCCAAGAGUGUGGGCUGGGGCAGCUGUGCUGUUUGGGAAUGGUAAAUGAACGGUUUUAAGAGGUAAGCCUUCCUUCCUCCUGAACCACAGUGUGUUGUGCAUUAAGUACGAGAGGCCCAAACUCCCUUGACGGACGACGUUUCGCGGCAAAAACAGUUGGGCAGUUACGUUUCACGACCCUCAACGUUGUCGCGCAGCUUGCAAUUGCCAGGACACACGACUUUUUCGCAACGCUGACUAUGGUUAUGUUAGCACCCUUACCCAU